CGGGAGGGCGGUCUGUGGGGGCUGCCCCCCCCGGCUGUGGUGGAGGAAGGGGAAGGGGUCUGGGUUUCACCCACCCCCCAGGGAGGCCAGCCCGCCCCAGCCUCUCUCUGGGCGGGGGAGAGGCGGAGCAGCGGGCUACCCAGACACCAGGGCCGGGCGUCGCCCCUCGCCUCCAUGGCAACGUGCCGCCGCCGCAGCUCGCAAGCCACGGGCUAACGGAGCCGGCAGGCUGUGCCUCCCCCCACCCGCACGCGGGCACGCACCCAAGGGCAGAGGUGCAGGUGGCUCCACCAGGUUUGUGAGAGACGAUGAAUUUGGCUGAGAUUUGUGAUAAUGCCAAAAAAGGGAGAGAAUAUGCGCUUCUUGGGAACUACGACUCCUCUAUGGUAUAUUACCAAGGUGUCAUCCAGCAGAUUCAGAGACACUGUCAAUCAAUCAGAGACCCAGCAGUUAAGGGCAAAUGGCAACAGGUCCGGCAAGAAUUACUGGAAGAAUAUGAGCAAGUAAAGAGUAUUGUCAACACGUUAGAGAGUUUUAAAAUAGACAAACCUCCAGAUAUUCCUGUAUCCUAUCAAGAUGAGCCAUUUAGGGAUCCUGCUGUUUGGCCACCUCCAGUUCCCGCUGAGCACAGGGCUCCACCUCAGAUAAAACGUCCCAACCGAGAAGUUAAACCUUUGAGGAAAGAAUCACCAGGAUUGCAGCCACGAGGGCCUGUGGGCAGAGCCCACCCAAUAUCAAAAAGUGAAAAGCCUACCAGUAGCCGAGAGAGGGAAUCUAGAGCUAAAGGGAGAGAGGACAAGGGAAAGAAAAUUCCACAGGAAGGUGCUGGUGAUGGGGAAAUUCAGAAAUUUGAUGGAGCAGGAUAUGAUAAAGACCUGGUUGAAGCACUGGAAAGGGACAUUGUAUCAAGAAAUCCAAGCAUUCAUUGGGAUGACAUAGCAGAUUUGGAAGAAGCCAAGAAAUUAUUAAGGGAAGCGGUUGUUCUGCCGAUGUGGAUGCCUGAUUUUUUCAAAGGGAUCAGAAGGCCGUGGAAGGGUGUUCUGAUGGUUGGCCCCCCUGGGACUGGCAAAACCAUGCUAGCAAAAGCCGUUGCUACGGAAUGUGGGACAACAUUCUUCAACGUUUCCUCCUCCACUCUGACGUCCAAAUACAGGGGCGAGUCUGAGAAGCUAGUCCGCCUGUUGUUUGAAAUGGCAAGGUUUUAUGCGCCAACAACAAUCUUCAUUGAUGAAAUCGAUUCCAUCUGCAGCCGCAGAGGCACUUCCGACGAACAUGAAGCAAGUCGCAGGGUCAAGUCGGAGCUGCUUGUUCAGAUGGACGGAGUAGGUGGUGCACUAGAAAAUGAUGACCCUUCCAAAAUGGUGAUGGUGCUGGCUGCUACAAACUUUCCCUGGGACAUCGAUGAAGCGUUGCGAAGAAGAUUAGAGAAACGGAUUUAUAUACCUUUGCCAACAGCAAAAGGUAGAGCAGAGCUGCUUAAGAUUAAUCUUCGGGAAGUAGAGAUGGAUCCUGAUAUACACCUUGAAGAAAUUGCUGAGAAGAUCGAAGGCUACUCUGGUGCUGAUAUAACUAAUGUUUGCAGGGAUGCCUCUUUGAUGGCAAUGAGACGGCGCAUUAACGGUUUAACCCCAGAAGAGAUCCGUGCACUUUCUAAAGAGGAACUUCAGAUGCCUGUCACCAAGGGGGACUUUGAGCUGGCUCUGAAGAAAAUCUCCAAGUCUGUUUCAGCUGCAGACCUGGAGAAGUAUGAAAAAUGGAUGGCGGAGUUUGGAUCUGCUUAACAUCAGUGACGUCUGUUCUGGGCAAUAGUUUUUUUUAUCUUUUUCUGUUGUAAACUGUAAAAUGAGUUAAAAAUGUUUUAAAAGCUUUAAUAAAAGAUUUGAUUUUU